GGAUCCUGGAGACUGCAGCGCUUUCCUCAAUGUCCGACUGCCAGUGGGGCGAACUUUGACCAACCACCAAAAUUAUUUCGUAGCACUUACUGUCACUUUUGUUUUUAAAUAUAUAUAUAUAUAUGUGUGUGUUGUUUUACAUGAAACGAGAUGUGGUUUAUUUAUUUACUAAGUUGGCUGUCGUUGGUGAUACAGAUAUCUUUCAUCACACUAGCAAUUGCUGCUGGCCUGUAUUAUUUGGCAGAACUAAUAGAAGAGUACACAGUUGCCACUAGUCGAAUAAUAAAGUACAUGAUACUGUUCUCUACAGGUGUGCUGACGGGCCUGUACCUGUUUGAGGGCUUCCCAUGGCUGAUGAUGGGCUGUGGUCUCUUCACCAACCUGGUGUACUUUGGUCUCCUGCAGACCUUCCCUUACAUACUGCUGAGCUCACCCAACUUCAUUCUCUCCUGUGUAUUGGUGGUGUUGAAUCACUACAUGGCUUUCCAGUACUUUGCUGAAGAGUAUUACCCCUUCUCAGAGGUCCUGGCAUACUUCACCAUCUGCCUGUGGAUCAUCCCUUUCUCCUUCUUUGUGUCGCUAUCGGCGGGGGAGAACGUGCUUCCGUCCACCGUGCAGCAAGGAGAUGAUGUGGUCUCAAGUUACUUCACCAAGGGCAAGAGGGGCAAGAGGUCUGGCAUCCUGCUCAUCUUCUCUUUCCUCAAGGAGGCAGUGUUGCCUAGUCGACAGAAGAUGUACUGAGGCUCUACUCGGGGGGGGGGGGGGUACAAGGGUAUAUUUGGGAAGGGACGAAUGGAGAGGUGGAAGAAGAGCUCAUCGUAGCAGAGCAGACGAGAGCUUCCCGUUAUUGCGACGGACUAGCAGCAGUGUGUUUACAGAACUUGUACAUCUCUCAUAGUCGCUCUCUUUCUCCCUCUAGCGCUGUCUGCAUCUGAAUUGGCACUCCGUUGCCUAUAUAGUGCACCAUAUAGUGAAUAGGGUAUCCAUGGUUGUCUGUGAUGAUGGUGACUGCAAACAAAGAACUGAAUGCCUCCCUGGCUCCUGUUCUCUAGCUACAGGAGGUGUCUCAAAUAGGCUCUCUUCUGCAUCAGACUAUUCUGUUCUGUUUAAAAAAAAAACUAAAACCAGUGUUUCUUAUUGGACAAGUUCAUGUUGUCCCCUCUCGGUUUUAGUCAGUUGGAGGUGGAGGACAGGUUGAAGGGGGGAAGAGGGCAACAGGGUUGGUGUGAAAUGAGGCCUAGACCAGAUCACUUGUUUGCGUCCCAAAGGUUACCCUAUUCCCUACAUGGUGCAGAGUCCCAUGGGCCCUGGUAAAAAAACGCAUGCCCUAUGAAGGGAAUAGGGUACCAUUUUGGGAAGCAGCCCUUGUGUUGUGUGCUGGGUCGCUAACUCCCUACUAGUAUGGGGUCGCCUACUAAGCCAAUGUUUGUACGUGGCCGCAUAGGAACAAAUGAGUUUUUCUUUUGUACUGUUCCACAAUCAUCAAUGACUCCAUGGCUCUCAAACUGCUCAUUCUCUUGAGCCAAUCAAAAGAAGAAAAAGAAAGCUUAAAUAAUACAAGUGAUUUUUCUUUUGUAUGUCAAUUGAUUAAAAAAAAACAGAAACAAAUUAACAUGCCCACGAAUACUUAUGAAUCUGUGAUAAGGUAGUUGACGCGCAAUCAUUUUUGUACGCUUGUUAUGGGUGAAUCGGGUAAGUUUGGCGAGAGAAACUGCUAAAGUGAUGUGUAGCAUUGCUAUUAGAGGCAGUUAUAUGGUGUGAGACUCAUCACUGACUGUGUGGAAGAUAAAUGGUAUUUUCGCUGGGGUAUGGAAUUAUUGGAUCCUUUGAUAAAGAUGAGCAACAAAAACUAAAGUAAAAAAUACUAAUAGUGAGCUAAAAUAAUGUGUUUAUACUAGAUGAUGUGGUCUCAUUGUUUGACAAGUAACACAAAAAAAUUAUCACAAUUAUUGCACGCCCUGCUUUCAAUACUCCAGCACCCUCGCCCUUUGCGUGGAUAAUGGCACAGACUUUUUCUAAAUGUUUUAUGAAAUUGGAGAACGCAUUGGGAGGGAUCUUAGACCAUUACUCUAUAUAGAAUCUUUCCAGAUCCUUGGACCUCUUUCGUCUGCGCUUAAGGACUACCCUCUUCAAUUCAAACCACAGGUUUUCAAUGGGGUACAAGGAUCUAGUAUGGGGUACAAUGAUAAAAUAUAGAUUUUUUUUGUGGUCAAUUAACAAUUUCUUUGUGGAUUUUGAUGUGUGCUUGGGGUUAUUGUGUUGCUGGAAGAUUAACUUGCUGCCAAGUUUCAGCCUCCUGGCAGAGGCAAACAGGUUUUUGGCUAAAAUGUCCUGAUACUUGGUCAAGUUUAUGAUGUCCUUAACUAGAGCCCCAAGACCAGUGGAAAUAGCCCCAUAACAUCAAAGAUCCACCACCAUAUUUUACAGUAGGGAUGAGGUGUUUUCUGAGUGUAUUUUCAUGUCAUCUGACCAUAGCAACGAUUGGCGUUUACUAAACGGCGUUGGCACUUGAAUUUGAACUUGUGCUAUGGUCAUAUGACAUAAAAAAUAGAGCUCUUUGGACACGCCCACCAGCGGUGGGAUUGUCCUUCGAAAGAACAAUCAUCCCUACGGGGGAGGAUCUGGAAAGAUUAUGUAUGGAAGAAUGGUCUAAGAUCCCUUCCGAUGUGCUAUCCAAUCUCAUAAAACAUUUUAGAAAAAGGCUCAGUGUCGUUAUCCUCGCAAGGGGAGCGUGCUAGGGUAUUGGAAACAGGAUCCAAUCAUUUUGACCCCUAUAUUUGUGGUGUUGAUUUAACUUGUAAAACAAAAUCUUUCUCUGAGCAAUUGUAUUAGUCGUAAUAGCCUCCCGAGUGGCACUGCAUCUCAGUGCUACUGUAGAGGCGUCACUACAGACCCUGGUUCGAUCCUGUAUCACAACCAGCCGUGAUCGGUAGUCCCAUAGGGCAGCGCACAAUUGACCCAGUAUCGUCUGGGUUAGGGGGUCGGCCGUCAUUGUAAAAUAAGAAUUUGACCUUAACUGACUGUCCUAGUUAACGGUUAAAUAAAAAAAUUACUAAUUUACAGUAUAUUUUAUACACUUUUUUUUGCUCAUCUUUAUCAAGGAAUCCAAUAAUUCCGGACCCCACUGUCAGACUUAAUCAAUGAUUGGCGAUGAGGCAGUUAACAUUUUACAUUUAAGUAAUUUAUCAGACUCUCUUAUCCAGAGCGAAUUACUAGGGAGCAACUAGGGUAAAGUGCCUUGCUCAAGGGCACAUCGACAGAUUUUUCACCUAGUCAGCUCAGGGAUUUGAACAAGCAACCUUUCUGUUAACCUGGUGUGAGACUCAAUUUGUGAACGGUUAUGUAGAAUUACUUUCCUGGGUUGUGUUCACUGGGUAUGAAUUGUUUAAACACUUCUAAAAGAAAA